AUUAUCAACUCUAGCAAUACGACAAUUACGUAGGAUGGUUUUGGACGGAGCAGUCGUUCGUCAGUGCUUAUCAGUCUUCAAGUUCUGAAAUUCCUCCAUGCUCCACAGUACUCAAUAUGCCCACUGCAUCACAGAGGUCGUAUGCUAAGUGCAACAAGAGCCAAGGUUGUAGGGUUAACCAGUAAAUCUCAUUGUCACGUCUUGCUACUGGGGUAGUACUUAGCCAUCAUGUACAGGUCUUAACACAGCGAGGCUGGAAUUUCACCGGUACAAUGAUGCUCUGUACCCUUAGCCAUCGUUGAAGUUUGACAGAAAUCAUCCCCAAAACACCGAUCUCCUGCCUUUUGUUGCCAAUGACAGCUUUUGCCGACUACUGUCAGGGAUACACCGAUCCUUUAACCGGCGAGUUCGUAACGGGAUUCUACUGUCCUGGAUUCAGCGAUGAUUACCAGUACUACAAAUGUUGCGGACCGUCUGACAGCCAGUACUGCUGCAACAUUGAAGACUACAACAAUUACCAUGGACGCUUCUAUUGGAGUGUUGGAAAAAUAAUUGGCGUGGUGAUCGGUGGCAUCUUGGGAUUGGUCGUCCUUGUCGUCGUCAUAGCGAUGGUCGUCUGUUGUUACGCCAGGAACUUCAAACGACGACAGCAGACGGCGACUACCUCUGGCACACAUUCAAUGAUAAGGACCCGCACAACGCAGAGACAAAGGUUGGACUAUUCACAACAGAGGCAAGACUAUCAGCAGCAAAGUCUGGGCCACUCGCAUCAAAGUCAGUCCAUUUCAAGCCGAGAACAGGCCUACGAAUCGCUGGGACCCAGUUACCCACCCCCUGCGUACAUCACGCUCCCUCAUCAGAGCCACCCGCAGCCCAAGCAAACUCCUGUAGGCCAGGACUAUUACAGGUAUGGCCAGGCACACCCGGCUCCGAGCUACGUGGACUUUUCUCAACAGGCGCUGGAGUUCAGUUCGCCUCAGCCCGACUACAACUCGCACAAACCCGACGCUGCCAAUACGUUCGCGCCCGAAGCGGCACCUCCUCCACCCAUCUGAUGAUGUAAACGGCAGAGCCGACCGAUGACGCGUUGCAGUUUCUCCUUCUUAAUGCCCUAUCCCUGGUGAGACGGAUGGUCUAAGUACGGUCCAAGGGCUUUUUAGGGAUUUUGUUAAGAUAGUACUAAGACCAACGGGAGUUCAAGUUGAAUGUCAUACCACUCGGACACUGAUUUCAUUCUCGAAUGCUGGCUGUUUUAAAUAGUCGUGUCAUAAGAAACAGGGACGUCAGGAGGCAGAAGGUUUAAUGCCACACUACUGCCAAAGCACAACUUUCCCACUGUUCCUAUUUUGCAUAUUUCUUUGGUUGAUUUAUUACAUUUACAUGUAAAAGACAGCCAGUCACUGAUCAAAGCUUUACAGUAAGUUUAACACUGGGUUCACCAUUUUUAAAGAAAUGUAACAAAAUAUAUAUAACUAUCAGUUAACAAAGAUACUCAUAAGUAAAGCAGCAAAGGCUUGUCAUUUAUUGUGCAUUGUGUAAAUCGGUUUUGUUGAGAAAUUCAUUUCUUUUAAUUAGAAAUUAAUACAUGUACGCAAAUUUAAGGCAAACUUAUGAUGUGCAACAGAUCUAAAAGCCGGUAGGAAACGUGUUCAUUGGUCGUAGUGCUCUGGAUAUCGACUCAGCUUUAGGGGAAAUUGGUUUAAAAUGCCCAUGCGAUAUAUACUGAAUUUUUAGAUUUUUAAAUAUUUUUGCAGCUCAUGGUAUGUUCCACAUUGUUGUAAUGUGUUGGAUAUUUUUCGCAAGCCUUUUGUGAAUGGGAGUUAACUUUGACCCAAAUCUGGUACACUGAGUUCUUUAAAUUCACGUGAACAUAAAAACUUGAAUUCUCCAUAC